AUGGCGACCGUCUCAAAAGAUUCUCCUAUCGUAAUUAUAGGAGCAGGUGUGUUUGGCUUGACCACGGCUAUCCACCUUGCCAGACGAGGUUACAGCAAAGUACAAGUGUUGGACAAGCAGCCAUACAGACAAACUCUCUACGCUUAUGAAUCAGGUUGUGAUGCAGCAUCAGCAGUAGAUAUAAACAAGAUCUUACGAGCUCCGUACGGAGAGGAAACAGAAUAUCAGAAUCUUGCUCUCGAUUCAAUUUCCCAGUUUAAGAAAUGGAAUGAAGAGAUCAAAAGUGGACAGACACUUCCUCCUGGGUUCUCAAGAGCCGACGUAAUAUAUCGCAACAAUGGCAACCUGACCGUCAACGACACACCGGAACUCACACAGUUCGACAUUGCUACGAUGAAGAACUUCGCAGCGGUUGGACUCGGAGGAACGCAGAUUGUUCUUACCAAUCCAGACGAUGUCAAACGAGCAGAGGCUGGAGGAUUUGCAUUUGCUGUCAACCCUUUCCGACGGAAGCCUGAGCAGAACUACGGCAUCCUCGAUACCUGGGGCGGCAUGGUACACGCCGACCGUGCUUGUCGGGUUGCUCUCUACAAAGCAGAGCAGUUGGGAGUCGAGUUGGUGCUAGGAGGGCGCACAGGAACUUUCUCUAGAUUUCUUCGCGAUCCCCAUACUCAAAAAGUCGUGGGAGUGCAAACAGACGAUGGUGUUUCUCACCGAGCCGAUCUGACAAUCAUGGCCUGCGGCGGAUGGACACCAUCCCUCAUUCCCGAACUGGAUGGAUUAUGCGAGACAACGAGCGGAAGUGUCAGUAUCUUCCAGCUCCCGAAAGGAAACAAAACGCUGUGGGACCGGUUCGCACCUGAGAAUUUCCCAACAUGGAAAUACAAGAUCCGAGAUGGAGCGGCAGGGGGGCUCUACGGGUUCGCGCGAGACUCACAGGGCAGAGUCAAGAUUGGCUAUCGUGGAACAAAGUAUACCAACCCGCAGAUCCAGCCAGACGGCGGUGUGAGAAGUGUUCCAAUCACUCGUUGGACACGAGAGUCGACUCGACAACUACCCGGGCAAGCCGCAAAGGUCAUCCGGGGGUUUCUUGAGCAAUAUCUACCCGAGCUCUUGCCAUGUCCAGUCAUGACACGACUGUGCUGGUAUACAGACUCCUUUGACAAUCAUUUUGUCAUCGACUUUGUGCCGGGUAUGGAUGGAGUGAUGGUUGCAACAGGAGGGAGUGGACAUGGCUUCAAAUUCCUGCCAAACCUGGGCAAGUACGUGGUUGACAGGAUAGAAGGGAAGCAGGAUGACAAGGGUUUUUUGGAACGUUGGAAAUGGCGUAGUCUGAAGGCUGGAGAAAAGGCGUUUAACAAUAUCAUGGAGGGAACCCGAAGCAACAGAGCCUUGCAAAGACAGCCUCUUACGAUGGAGGAUAGUCUGAAGAUGCAAAGAAGCUCCUUGUGA